GAACGGUCACGAGCGAUGAGCAAUUGCAAACGAAAAACCAAGGCAGCUGAAGCGGCAAUGGCACUGGCUACACCAACGAAAGAGGUUUUGAUAGAAACGGUGAUUCCCUCAGACACAGACGAAGAAAUCCUGGGGGACGUAAUAUUCUCUAUGUUUGGAGCCGAUGCGACGAGCGAUAGGAGAACUUGUGUAGGGAGUAUAUACCACAGUCAGUCAAGUAUACACGGGGCGCCAGUUGACAGAAACCGUAUGCCUGACGAUCCCUUGGGCCUCCGAGCCAUGUGUUGGGAGCGAGGAGCUGACCCUGUGAAAAACUCAUCUAAUAGUAGCUUCGGUGAAGGGACUGCGUUCCGGUUCUUGGUCUUCCUGUUAUUUGACAUCUUCUUAGCCAUUGUCAACGUUAAUGCAAAUGAUUAUUGA